CCCGUCGUCUUAUAAAACAGUAUCUGCGAGAAUAACUCUAUUAGUCAGUUUUUCGUUUGGUUAUAGCUUGUCAGACACGGGCUAAAGAGUCGGGGCUAAGUUGAUUUACCGUAACAAACUUUGUUUUGUGCCGCGGGGCGUCCAGUGUGCGGGGCGGCGGUGACCCUGCGGCCGGCGCUCGCUCAUUCCGGGCCUUUAAAUCAUUCACAGUGACUGGUAAUCACCGUGACGCCUCGCCCGACCGCCGGCUACUUUGUCGCCUAAUUGUGGGGAGUCCAUGGCGGGGCGGUGAGCUGGAGUGUGGCCCCGGACGGCGGCACGCUGUGCUGCGCCCUAGAUUGUGCUGGCGGCGUGCUGUGGCGGUGACCUGCUACUGCGGCGGCUGUGGUGGUGACCUGCUGCGGCAGCCCGGCGGCGGAGGCGGCCCUCGGGAAGCCCGGACGCUGGUGGGUGCCAGGCGCGGCGCGGCGCAGCGCGGCCAGGACUGUAGUGACGGCACGCUGCUGCGACUGUACGUACUGUGGUGCCGGUGACUGCAGCGUGGUGUGGCGCGACCCGCGGCAGCGUGGUGAGGCUCCGCCGGGCAGGGAGCGGCGCGCUGCGGCCCGCGAGUGCUGUGCUGGUGGUGUCGGUGUACCCGCAGGAGGCCCGCGCCCCUAGCUGCCCUGUCACGCCCGCAGUUCUGGAAGGCGGGCGCCACUUCCCCCUUCCACCCCCUUCUCCCCCAUCCUCCCUCCGCCCCUGGGAACACAACUUCGCCAAGAUUUCCCUUCCGGCGGGCACCACGUGGCCGCUGGGCCUGGGGAGGGCGCCGGUGGACGUGGGCGUGGGUCUGGGCGGCGGCGGCGUCCACCUGCCCCGGCACGAGGUGAAGGAGGAGGUGGGCGGCCUCAUGGACCUCGGGGAGCGCGGUGACAAGCGGAAGGACGACUUCUCCACCCUGUACAGCCUCGACCACGGCCCGCCCGCGCCUACGCCCUCACACGCCUCCACCACGCCCCCCGCGCACUCUGCAGGACCAGACAGGAGGUGACGGCGCGUUCAAGAAGGUGAAGAGCGAGGGCGGGAUGUGCACCACGGGACACUCGCCCACGCCCACGCCCACCACCUGCCCCACGCCCGCCCGCAGGAGACACCGCACCACCUUCACACAGGAGCAGCUGGCGGAGUUAGAGGCAGCCUUCUCCAAGAGUCACUAUCCUGACAUCUACUGCCGGGAGGAGCUGGCACGGAAGACCAAACUUAACGAGGCACGCAUACAGGUGUGGUUCCAGAACAGGCGGGCCAAGUACCGAAAGCAGGAGAAACAGCUGCAGAAGGCGCUGGCUGGGACGCCCUCUGUGCUGCCCACCUGCAACGGCGCCAUGAUGAGGAACAUGUACCCGUCAGCCACGCGCGGGUACCAGCCCUACCCCUCCCACAACGCCAUCUCCACAUUCAACACCAUGAACCGGUACCCGCAGAUGUCGUCGAGUUCUUACCCCGGCAUGGGCCAGCCGUUCAGCAUGGCUCACCCCACCUCCAACAUGGCGGCCAUGCGGCAGGACACCAUGACAGGCAUGGCGACGGAGGAGGACUGGUACAAGAAGGGGCUGGCCUCGCCUUGCUUCUCAGGGCUCCAGACGGCCGCAGCAGACGACGACUGGUACAAGAAGUCUCUCACGGCUCUCUCCAUGAACACAUCGCACCACCCAAACUUGGCGGCGCCCAUGCUCCAGUAUCAAACUUAGA